CAGAGUUGUCACAGUGAGACUCGCCUGCUCCCCUGGCACCAGGCCCCUCCUGCUCUCCAGGAUGCUGUGUCCUUGGCUCUCCCGAGGCCCCUGCCUGGCAGCUCUGACUGUGACACUGCUGGUGCUGAGCCCCACCCCGGCUUUGGCUGGGGACCUCCUAUCCCGUUUCAUGCUGCAGAUGAAGUAUGAGUGUCAUUUCUCCAACGGGACGCAGCGGGUGCGGUACGUGGAGAGGCACUUCUACAACCGGGAGGAGACCCUGCGCUUCGACAGCGACGUGGGGGAGUUCAGGGCGCUGACGGAGCUGGGCCGGCCGGAGGCGGAUGCCUGGAACCAGCGCGAGGACAGACUGGAGGACAGGAGGGCCGCGGUGGACACGUUUUGCAGAUACAACUACCUGGCGCUGGAGAGCUUCGCUGGGCGGCGGCGAGUUGUGCCGAAGGUGACCGUGUACCCUGCAAAGACGCAGCCCCUGCAGCACCACAACCUCCUGGUCUGCGCUGUGAGUGGCUUCUAUCCAGGCCACAUUGAAGUGCGGUGGUUCCGGAAUGGAGAGGAAGAGGAGGCUGGGGUGGUGUCCACAGGCCUGAUCUGUAAUGGAGACUGGACCUUCCAGACCCUGGUGAUGCUUGAGACAGUUCCUCAGAGUGGAGAGGUGUACACGUGCCAGGUGGAGCACCCGAGCGUGACCAGCCCCAUCACCGUGGAAUGGAGGGUACAGUCGGAAUCUGCUCACAGCAAGCAGCUGAGUGGAAUUGGGGGCGUGGUGCUGGGUCUGUUCUUCCUGGGUGUGGGGCUGUUCAUCUACUGCAGGACUCAGAAGGUGUGAUUACCCGGAGCCCCAAGAGAGGAGGGAAAGCAACCAUUGUCACAGUCAGCUCUGAGUACAGCCUUGCCUCUGUCCCCUGCAAGGCUCCUGGCCCGGAGUGAAGAUGGUGACACAUCGAAGAGCCUCCGUCCCUGAUUCUUCAUCAUGACAUCUUUUCUGGAAGGCUCCUAUUCUUUCUCACAGAGAGUGGUUCCUCAGGACCUGGCUCCCUCCUGGUUCAGUGACCUACAGAAAAUGUCCUGUCUAUGGCCUCCUUGGCCCCUGGCUUUGCCUGGAAGUCUCAAUACUGACGGCGGUGCCUUCUCUGCAUUGUUUGCAGCUAUUAUUUAGAUGCAACCCUUGCAGCCUCCUCUGCAUCGGAUAUCACCCGGUGCUACAGCACUUUAACACACUUUUCUCAAAUAAGGUGAAAUACUGUCGGCAUCAUACAGCUGCAAGGAAGCGAACUGGAAAAGAGAGGGAGGAUCACAUCACCAAGCAACAAGAGUUUUCAUUCCUAGCUGAUAAAUAAGAGAAAUAAUGCAUAUGUUAAAGGCAUUGAUUUGGCUGUUCUACAUGUAUGCAAAUAUCAAACCAUCA